AUGGCCACAGAAAAAAAACUAAAUGAAUAUGUUGUUUGCAAGAGGGAAAACUUUGACCUGACUCCUCACUACAGUAUUUCUCCAAGUCUGAGCCCUUCUCGCCUUAAUCACCGCUGUGUCUGUGGCCCUGUCUCCCUCUUCCCUCCUCCAUCCGUUCUUCCUCUUUCCCACACAGAGGCCGAGAGCUUGGAGUUGGGCUUCACACGUCAGCCUCUGGUCCUGUGCAACGAGAGCAGGCUUCUGCAGGACAUACAAGUGUGUGGAGAGCUGUUCAAGAGUUCAAUGACACUCAUCGACUCACAGCACUGGUGCAACCUCACAUACUUCUUCAGCGAGUACCACGUGUUCUCAGCCUGCACCGAGCAGACGUCGGAGCGGAUAGGCUGCUACUUCCCCAACCCGCUGGUGCAGAACUUCAUGGUGCACAUCCACAAGCUCUUCUUCUCCAACUACACGGUGGAGCGGGUGGUGUGGGUGGACCCCUCGGACGACCUCCUGGCCGUCCUCAUCCUCAUCCCCAUCCUGCUGACGCUGGCCAUGAUCACCCUGGUGGUCUGGUGCAGUAAGAGGAGCGACAUCCUGGUCUAGCGUUUAGCUAGCGAAAUCACUUCCUGGUUUAUGGCGUGGUGGUCCAGUGGAGUGGUUGCUUUGAGCCCAGUGGGCCUUUUUUUUCACGUGACACCUUCAAACACUGGACGCUUCAAUGCAUUCGAAGCAAGGUACAAGUUGCAUCAGGUGGUAUGGACGUAAUAUAUGGAGGCCACUGUUCUCUGCCUGAAAGUGUUAGUCGUAUAUAGGACCUGCUUCAAAAAUGGAACUUGUCUGAUGUCACAGUAAAAAAUGCUAAUACAGUCACACCGCCCUGGGACCGAAAGUCUGAAAAAUAUCACAAAUGAGAGACCAAAAGAGGCCCCUCCCUUGACUAUUGUUUUUUGUUUAUAUAUAGAGAGAGUCCCAAAGAGGGGUGAGAGUUGGGCUCUCUAUGAUUGGACAACCUGUAAAAGAAUAACUGAAUGAAUGAAUGUCUUCACUAUUGUGGUGAAGCUUGAAAUGGAUAUUCCACACCAAAUACUUUGUUUUGUUUUCUUGGGACCUAUUGCUAUUUUGUCAUUAUUAUUACCAUUUUUUUUCUCAAGCAGCAGAGUGCCACCCUAUAGUCCCCAUAAUUACCUGGGGCUCAGUACUCACUUUUUUGCAUCCGCUUGCACCAUUUAUUCCCCAUCACACCAACACACUUCACUGUACUCUGUAUGGGGUAUGGUGAACCAAAAAAAAAGACCAAAAACGGUGGAUAAUUUUUUUCCCCCUUGGUAAUGGCUGACUUUCAAGACGGGGAAUACAGAUAUUAUUUUGUGUUGCUAUCAGAACUCCUGCGGAGCAUUGCAAUGGACCCUUUUGAAGAUGGAUUCGGCCAUCUUUCACCAUUCCCAAAGGAUCAAACCUAGAGUUGGACUGCAAAGGCUCUCUCUUUUUUCUCUUUUCACACCUUUACCACACAAAGCCUCUUGCCAGUCCCCCUGGGGAGAUCCUUGGGUUAUAAAAUAAACACACCAAAAGGGAAAUAUGCCCCCAAAGAAGAGAGACCAAGGACAGAAUUCGCAGUCAACACACACAUUGAGACUAAAGGCCCAUUCAUGCCCUACGUGUGGUAAACUACACAUACGUACGGAAUUCUGUUCGUACGCGCUAACCCUCAACAUGUUGUUAUUGGUUAGCACAUGUGAACCAUUCCACACAUAUUCGUAGCCCUCUUGCAUGUAGAGUAUGAAUCGGGCCUUCCUCUAAGCUACUGUACAUACCAAUUACACUCUAGCUAUUGCAACAAAUGCAGUACAGUUCCUAUACUACGUUCUGGCCACAAGGACCGGACUGGAUUGAUUAGAAGGACCACUUGCUUUUAUUUUUUUUAAUUUCAUGUCUUCUCAUUUUUUGCCUCACUUUGCCUGUACACACAUGGCCCCUACCUUCUCCACUUGCACCUUACAUUCAUUCUCAGCUUGCUAUCAGCCAAAAAAAACCCAAAACAAAACAAAAAGCUCCUGCAAAAGCUCCUCAUUCUUCUUCUGCUUCCGUGAUGUGCUUCACUGUGGAUUCUGUUAGUGAUUGCGUGCCAAAUGCGGUGAUGUGACUCUCCCUACAGAAACACAGGGAGUUUGUGUAGAUCCUGACGCUAAUUUGAUUUCUUUUCAUGCGCUUAAAUCGUCCCCAAGGAGCUGUGAACAGGAAUCACUGUAAAGAGACUCAAUCCAGAGCACAUGUCUGGCUACCACAAGAUUAAUUUCAGUUGUCUUUUUUAUUAUUUGUACGGCUCUGUGUGUGUGUGUGUGUGUGUGUAUGUGUGUGUGUGUGUGUGUGCGUGUGCGUGCGUGCGUGUGUGUGUGUUUGUUCGGGGAGAGUUCUGAGUCACUGUACUGUACCGCUAAUUUAAUGUAUGAAUUAAAUCAUAUACUAUGUAGAUUAUUCAGAGUAUUCAUCAAGAUGUCACACCACUGCUGUGCUUAAUCAACCAGUCUACAAUGGAGCCACUGUACUCUAUGUACUGUUUACCCUACUUGCAUAUCCACAUGAGCGCG